CUCUUUUUUUUAGGGUUUAGGGAGGUUCUGGCCGACGCCGCGUGUCGCGUCAUAAAACGGGGGGGUUUCCGUUCGGGCUCUCUCCCCCUCCUCCUCCUCUCCAUUCUUCGUCCGGCGUUUCCCGAAGCCUCGUCCGACGCGACGCACGCCCCGAGAUUUUGAAGGGAGAAAAAGAAGUUGAACCAUGGGGAAGAGAAAGUCAGCUGCUAAGCCACCUCCUAAGAAGCGGAUGGACAAGCUCGACACUGUCUUUUCCUGCCCGUUCUGCAAUCAUGGCAGCAGUGUUGAAUGCCGAAUUGAUAUGAAGAAUCUGAUUGGUGAGGCCAAUUGUCGAAUCUGCCAGGAAAGCUUCAGCACCACUGUAAAUGCGCUGACUGAGCCUAUUGAUAUAUACAGCGAAUGGAUCGAUGAGUGCGAGCGCGUCAACACUGUCGAAGAUGAUGAUGGUGCAUGAGCAUGUCUGGUUGCAAAAUGAAAUGGUUAUUACUCCUAUGACUGUAAUGCGUUGGUGUUAUUGGCUGCCACAUUCAGCCAUGUCUGUAGUAGCGUUAUGGCUGAUCGAACCGUUAGUAGGCAGUUCAUCCUGCGUUUAAUAAACAAGCGAUGAUAUUGUGUACUUGCGUUUGAACCUUAAUAGUAGUGUUGCAUGUCCAGGGUUGGUUCUCUGCCAGUAUGUUAGUAUAAUGGUUGAGAUUAGGACUAAUUUCAGUACCAGAGAAGAAUGCUAUGUUGGUGGUUGUUCUCAAGCUUGUGGUUUGUUCAUGUAUCUGAGUCAUGUUUGCCAUUCA